AUGGACAAGCUAAAGGCGCUGGAGAGCAGUCUCCCGCCAGAACAAGCCCCAACGCCACACACAAUCGAUAAGCUCAACCAACAGGUGACGCAGGAAUUCAAAAUAGCCGCCAACGCCGUCACCAGCCUCUAUCGGCUGUCAUCCGAGAAGAGCUCGCUAAAUCGGCACUUUGGAUACACAGAGUGCGUGCAAGACGUGCUCCAGCUCGUGGAAGAGGGCUAUACAGCAGACCAGGUCCGUCAAUGGUGCAUUGCGAAGCAGCGUGAGCUGCUAGGCGCCACGACGCCCGUUGCCGACGCCGUGGGCGGCUACACUAGCGGACGCGACGCAACCACGUCGCAGCACGUCGCAAACACAAAGAAGACCGGGUUAGCGCUGACAGCGGUUCCAGAGGCUCCAACGUUCCACCUAUCGCGACCCGCGCUGUCCGUGGAGCACUCAGCGCAGCUGGGCGAGCGUCGCAUGCUCAAGCCGCAAGCGACCGAGCGGUAUCUGCAACAAAGGAGCAAGAACGCAGCUGGGACAGGCAAACGCAAGACCAAAAAGCUCAAGACGAGGUAA